AGGACAAAAGUAGAGUAACUAACAAGCAGGAAGUACAUUGCGUAAGCCCUUGUUAUCUCAAGAACUUGAUUCUUUGAUUGCCUUUCAACACCAGUCAGUUGUCGUUCUCAUCUCCGGCGGGCCUCUCCGAUUUCUAUUUCCGAUCACGAGUUGUUGCAACAGGAUCCUGGACGAGGUGAGAUAGGGGUAUUCCACGUGCUCAAAAGAAAUUAUGACAGAACAGAAGAAAGUUCCAUGUUUGCUUGAUCUAUGUGUUCAAACAGCAGUAGAUAAUGUUAGGUAUCUUGGGGAUGUUGGGGAAACAGAUAUACAUCUCCUUGCGCGCAUUUUACCACACUGUACAUUUGAUCAGUUGAUGCAUGUCGAGAAUUCGACAGAAGGAAGAGAUCUUAGCCCAGUAACUAAUAAAUUGUGGAAGAAGUUUUAUGAGAAACAAUUCGGUGCUAAGAGUACUGAGCUUGUAGUUGAGAGGAUGAAACAGAGGAAAGUGUCAUUUAAAUGGAAACAAUUGUAUGAGGCAAAGACAAAAGACUUGGAGGCGGCUCAACAAAAGUCAUUUGAUCGAAUCAAGGAACUAUAUAAGAAGGAAGAUGCUCGGAAGCAAAGCCGUCAAGUUCAGAUUUGCACGAAGGUUCCACCUUCAAGCAGUAAAAGAAGCUUCUAUGGAGGUGGACCUGGUAGCAAUAUUUCCAAUACGAAGAGCAACGUGAUGAAGAAGGCAAAACUGGAAUUUCUCAAUAGUCGAGAGGUGAAGAAUUUAGCAGCUAUGAAGAACAACUCCUUGCAAAGGAAUCACUGUAUCUCUUUUAUGAGGAAGCCAGGUGGUUUCUCUGGGACAAGUUGUGCUUCUACUUCCAAACUUACUAAGCCGAUUGGGAGGAGAGUCUAGAAGACCUUUUGUCAAUAUUAGGCGUUGCCGUUGGAUGAGCAAUGUUUGGAUGAUACAUUAGCUUGAGCCUCACAACAUGGUUCUAAAGUUUUUUUGAAUCUUCCAUGGUCCCAUUUUAUCCGGGAACCAAGUUGAGGGCUUCGGUCCAAUAUAUUUAGUGUACAUAAAUUGCAUAUACAGGAUAAUGGGGUCCAAAUUCGAAAAGCAUUUACACGAUCGUUUGGUUUGAAA